UUCUCCCGCAGUUCUCGAUGCCCGAUGGCCACAAACAAAACGCUGCGUCCCUAACCUGAUCACGGAAGAACGCGGCGUCGGCGGAUUUAGUUUUCUCUCGGGGUGUUUCGCGCCGACUAGCGUCUUCGGUGCGUGUGCCGGUUCACCAUGGACGAGGACGUGGUGGAGAUCGAGAACGUGGAGAACGUCUGCAGGCUGUGCCUGUGCACGGACGAGCCGAGGGCUUCGGUGUUCGGGACGGACAAGCAGGAGGAGGAUUCCACCGCCGUGCCGUUGGCCAUAAAGAUCCAAGCCUGUCUGUCAAUCGAGAUUUCGCCCACUGAUAAGUUGUCCACGCUAAUAUGCGAGGAAUGUGUGAAAAGUGUAAACCAAUGGCACACCUACAGGGAAUCCUGUCUACGUUCGCAGAAUAAGCUGCAGAAGUGGCUGACCAGUCAUUCGAAACCUGAGGUUGUAACAAUCAAGGGUGAACCGGUGGACUUGGAUUACGAAGACCACGUUGAAAUUAUCUCAGAGGUGAACAAAAAGCAAAAAUCAUUGAACAUACCGAUUCAUACAGUGGAGGAGGAGGGGAGCGAGACCAGCGACGAGCAGAUACAAAAUGUAUCGGAUCACGUUGACGAGGACGAGGACGGUGCGAAUAAUACGGAGCAGCAAAUAGAACCUGAGACAGUUCCGUUAAUGGCGGAGAAAGAGACCGAUAAAGACGAGAGCCAACGAACGGAGGAGCAGCAGCAGGAUCCUCUGUCGCGUCCCAUCAAAAGCGAGCCGCUGGACGAUUACGAUACCGACUGCACCGUAGAGUUAGAAUCCGCCGAAGACAACGAGCUGCUGUUGAAUCCCAUGGCGCUCGGAGGCACGAAGGAAGACGUGGUGAUGGAGGCCGAUUCCACCCAAAAGUCCACCGGCGGUGCCGGCGGCGCGACGCACAAGAAAAAGCUAAGACGCGGCCCGCACACGCAUUUCAGAGGGCCGCGCGCUUUCAAGCAGAAGUGCGUAUACUGUCAGAUAUUUUUGCAUUCCAAGUAUUCGUACAUGAAGCACAUGAAGCGAUUUCACAGUAAUAAGAACAACGGCACCGAGAACUCGGAGUCCCAGAAUGAGGAGGAAGAGAUGGUGGAGGAUCUCGAGGAGGAGCUGAUCAGCAUGGAGAAGGAGUCGCCGUUGACGCAAGUCCAGCAGGACAUUAUCAGCCAGUUGAAAACGUUCUCUUGUUACAAGUGCCAACAGAGCUUCAACGACCGGCGCAGCACGCUCUCUCACAUCCGCCAGCACCUGCCGGACCUGAGACCGCACACGUGCAUCGCCUGCCUGACGCAGUUCUCCGACCGGUCGAUGUACCAGGCGCACUGCAGCGCGUCCUUCGAGUGCGCGAUGAAGAUCGCGCUGGUCGAGCCGAAGCAGGGUAACGAACGGUACUUCACGUGCAACAUGUGCCUGCGCUCGUUGCAAGGUAGGAAGGAGCUGCUCAGCCACCUGACCAAGCAUUCUAACAAGCAGUACGAGGAGAUGAUCUCACCGGCGCGGCCGCCCCCCAAGCUGAAGCCGAUGGCGCCGUUGCCCUCGCCGAAGGACGAGGCCAGCAAGUCGUCGCCGAAGAGCGGCCCGUACAAGGACGGGGAUCCCGCGCACAAUCACAAGUGCGACCUGUGCGGCAUGAUAUACCGUUACCGGCCGAACCUGAUCAAGCACAAGGCGCUCUGCACGCGGCUGCAGCCGGAGGUACGGACGUCGUACAAGUGCGCCCACUGCUCCAUGACGUUCCUCGUGUUCAAGAAGUUCCACUCGCACGUGACGGUGAACCACAAGAAGAAGGAGUUCACCUGCGCCAUCUGCAACUCCCGAUUCCGUUCGCCCAGCGACUUCCUGAGCCACCACGAGAGGCACCGGGUGUCGGCUAUCCGGCAGACGCAGCACAACAGCGACAAGGGCCCGCAGAACGCCCUGUUGAAGGAGCGCAACGGCGGGGCGGACGCGAAGCAGAGCAAGACGAGGGCCGGCGGUCAGAAGUACACCUGCGCCCUCUGCAACAAGGCGUUCUCGACGCGGCUCGAGCUGACCGAGCACCGGAACCUGCACCUCAAGGUAAAGAUCUACUCGUGCGCGAUUUGCCGCAGCAUGUUCAGCAGCGCCGGCGCACUGGAGAUCCACAUGAGGGAGCACGGCAUAGACGACCCGAACGAGCGGAACGCCAACAUCUCCUGCGUGGAGUACGGCAGCCUGGACGAGGACGUGAGGAUCGAGAACGACUCGAUGAACUCGAGCGCGGUCUCGAGCGACGCGCAGGGCGGCUACGAGUGCGAGCAGUGCAACAGGGUGCUGUCCAGCCACGCGAACCUCCGACGGCACGCGACGAUCGCCCACCGGAACUCCAAGAAGUACGAGUGCACCGACUGCGCGAGGAUCUUCACGCGCAAGGAGAUGUACGAGCAGCACGUGCAGCACGAGCACAAGUCCUCCAAGAGCUUGUUCCACUGUCCCGAGUGCCCCAAGAGCUUUGUCUUCCAGACGAACUUCCGCUAUCACUUCCGAACCGCGCACCUGGAGAAGUCGCGGGACGGCUACGGCUGCGACAUCUGCGGCAAGGUCUUCGCCGAGGAGGCGUCCUUGAAGAUACACAAGGGCUGGCACAAUCGCGCCAACUCUCGUUUCAACACCAUGCUCAUCCUGGGCAAGCAGAAGAACGACUCGCAGAAGAGCGCCGCAGAGUCGAACAGCCCGGAACGCCCGGCGAGGGCGCGGAAGUCUUUCCCCAAUCCUCCGUCGCAGUCGCCGACCAAGUCGCCGGGUAGCUUCCAGUGUCAAGUGUGCAACGACAAAUUCAACGACGUGACCGAGUUGAGGACUCACCUGUGGGACGUGCAUUGCGCACGGAACAAGCCGGAAAAGAGCAUAUCCAACGACGAGCUGCAGUGCGAGCUGUGCACCAACGUCUUCCCCGACAAGGACAUCCUGGCCGCCCACAUGAAGUGGCACAAGGCCAACCCCAUUCUCAACGACGUCCACAAGACUUACACCUGCGACGUCUGCAACAAAUCCUACAGCUCGAAGAAGGUCCUGUGGAAGCACAAGAGGCUGCACAAGGCCACCCUCGUCACGUCCGCCAAGUUCCAGUCGUUGGCCAAGAAGCCGGUCAACCCGUUCUUCUGCACGAUCUGCCGAAAGCCCUUCUCCAGCGGUCAGUCCCUGCAGCGGCACAAGCUCAACUUCCACAGCGACCUGCAGAGCCAGCAGUCGCGGGCGCAAUCCUUGCACAACAGCACCCGUAGGUUAUCCCUCGAGGAGGAGCCGAAGUUCAAGCGUAUGAAGGUCGAGGUGGACGACAGUCCGCCGCCGCCCAAGUUGCCGCCCUUCGCCAUGGACUUCGCCGGCGAGGUGAAGAAGAAGUCGUUCAUGUGCCACCUGUGCAGGAAGAUCUUCCCCAACAUGAGCGUGCUCUACAAGCACAAGCAGGCUGUGCACAAACCCCACGUGAGGAAGAACGGCUUGCCCGAGUGCAGACCGGUGACGACGGAGGACGGCAAGUUCUUGUGCAACGUCUGCUCCAAGGAGUUCCCAGGCCUGCCGAAUCUCCGCCAGCACUUCACGAUCAAGCACAAGAAGAUCUACGACUCCGACAAGUACCAGUGCAACGUGUCCAGCUGCGACCAGCAGGCGCCGUCCGAACCGGCCAAGGAGCCCUACGAGCCGACGCACACCAACAACAUGAUGUUCAGUUGCAAACUCUGCGACCGUUACUUCUUCAACAAGGAGACCAUGAUCGACCACAUCGUCAACGUGCACAAUACCGCGUACCAGCCGGACAACAAGACCUUCCACUGGGAAAUCGACCUCACCACCUACGUGGUGAAGGGCGCGACCGGGGCCACGUGUCCGCGUUGCAACGUCAAGUACCCCAACAAUCGGGCCAUGAAGAUACACUACGUCAAGAUCCACGAGAACGAGUAAGAGCGGAGGGGGUCUUCGGAAGUCUUCACGCGACCACCGCCGCUGCCGCGCGCGUCGUGCGGAAUUACCGGCUCGUCAGGUAGGCAAAGAAACAAUUUUCCCGAGUUUACCUGAAGAACACGGCGGAUCGUUCCAAUAUGUUCCUGAGAGAGGGAGAGAGACGGUUCGCGCGUUUCUUUGCGACGGGGGGCCCCACACGCAGCUUCCCGAUUUCCUCGCUUNUCUCGGGGUGAGAGACCCCCCCCCCCCCGUUUUCGAGGUUUCCCGGGAAUGCUCGACGGCAUGGAGAUCGCGCCUCGUAAUGAUGAUCAUUAUGAUGCUGAUUUUUGCGAUUAACGCGCGGGACCAGCGUCGAGCGCCGCAGGUUUCGGGCGACAUUGACGGGAAAAGAGAAAUGGAAAAUUAAAUGAAAAACGAUUUAAAAAAAAAUGAAAGAUACAGAUAAGACUCACGUGGGGACGUAUGUGUUUAGGUUGUAAUCAUAAAGAAGUUUCGUUUCGAACGCACGGGAACGUGCGACGACUUAUUAUUGUAGACUAUUUGUUACCUGUUUGAUACGGCGACUGUAAUAGCGACCAAUGACACACACUUGUAAAUAUCGAGCUGAUACCCACGGUGGCCUCUCACGGCUCAUGCGUGCGGUUUCUCGGUGCAGUUGUUGCGAUCGCUGCGACCAGAAUUUGUAUCUCCGGUCGAUCCCGCCGCGACGUCCGACGGUGAACAAACUCGACCUCGAACUUCGCGCAUCUCUGCGCACGUCGGCUGCCACAUCGUGUACGGUCUAAAAGUGUCUCGUGAAAAAAAAAAAGCUGCCAGUGGCGAAUUCGUACCUUGGAAUUGGACGCGUCCUUCUAAUCACUCAUUUAAAUUCUCUACGGUGUUUUUCAGCCGGCACGUUCUCUCUCUUUCCCCCUCACGUCGUUCCAUCGCGCAACCUGGUUGCAGCGAUAACGCGAUAAUAACAAAUGACCGCCUUCGAGAGAGGCACCGCAAUAGCUGCUUAGAGAAUUUACUUUAUCUAAGGCAUAGAUACUCUAGGUAUUAUUAUAUCUAUUAUUAUUAUUAUUAU